UUGCGCCGGAAAGGCCGCAGGAAGUAGCUGUGCGCUCUCCGUGGAGUACUCCCAGGAGCCCUUCCCUCCCCCCGUGAUUGGGUGCUGGGCAUGCCCGGCCGUGGAGUCCGAGGCUGCCGGGCGGGCGGGGUUGUGCCGCGGCUCGGGGCGGGGUCCGCGCGCGGGCGAAGGAUGUGAGCUCACAGCCCUGGAUUGCUGGCGGGCAGGCGGCCACAGCCCAGGGCGGCACGGGGUCGGCUUGCAACCCAGCUAGGAGGAGAAGCGCCCCCCGCGGACGUGCUGAGAGUAUGAGGCUCUGGCCUCUACUGGCCGCUCACUCGUGAUCCUUCCACCACGGCGGAGCCUUCCAAACCGACCUCCUGCCGUGUGGUGAUCUACCUGCAGCGGGAGAUGUCAGGGGAUACCUGUCUGUGCCCAGCGUCAGGCGCCAAGCCCAAGCUAGGCGGCUUCAAGGGAGGCGGCCUGGGCAACAAAUACGUGCAGCUCAAUGUGGGCGGCUCCCUGUACUACACCACCGUGCGGGCGCUAACCCGGCACGACACCAUGCUCAAGGCCAUGUUCAGCGGGCGCAUGGAGGUGCUGACCGACAAAGAAGGCUGGAUCCUCAUAGACCGAUGCGGAAAGCACUUCGGCACCAUUUUGAAUUACCUCCGAGAUGACACCAUCAUCCUCCCGCAAAACCGGCAGGAAAUCAAGGAAUUGAUGGCUGAAGCAAAAUAUUACCUCAUUCAGGGGCUGGUGAACAUGUGCCAGACUGCUCUGCAGGACAAGAAGGACUCCUACCAGCCCGUGUGCAACAUCCCCAUCAUCACAUCCCUGAAAGAGGAAGAGAGGCUCAUCGAAUCCUCCACCAAGCCCGUGGUGAAGCUGCUGUACAAUAGAAGCAACAACAAGUAUUCCUACACCAGCAACUCCGACGACCACCUGCUGAAAAACAUCGAGCUGUUUGACAAGCUCUCCCUGCGCUUCAACGGCCGCGUGCUCUUCCUCAAGGACGUCAUCGGCGAUGAGAUCUGCUGCUGGUCCUUCUAUGGCCAGGGUCGCAAGCUGGCAGAGGUGUGCUGCACCUCCAUCGUGUACGCCACGGAGAAGAAACAGACCAAGGUGGAGUUCCCAGAGGCCCGAAUCUAUGAGGAGACUCUCAACGUCCUACUGUACGAGACCCCCCGAGUCCCCGACAACUCCUUAUUGGAGGCCACCAGCCGUAGCCGCAGCCAGGCUUCCCCCAGUGAAGACGAGGAGGCCUUUGAACUGCGGGACCGUGUCCGCCGUAUCCACGUCAAGCGCUACAGCACCUACGAUGACCGGCAGCUCGGCCACCAGUCUACCCAUCGCGACUGAUGAGACCCUCAGGGAGUCAGGGCACAGGACACCCUGUCCCCCCUCCUGUGGAACCCUGCCCCACUGGCCACCCCACGCUGCUGCUGGCUGGGUUUCUGUCCCAGCACCCAGAGGCAUGACAGGAAGUCAGAGGGCCUGAGCAGGAGAGGGACCACCUUCCUUUGCCCUGCUCCCUGAACACUUCAAGAUGACCAAGUCCUGGACCCUUUGCUCACCCUUCCUGACAGGGAGCUGCUGCUGCCCCCGGGGCCAAUGGACUGACCAGCCCACCUCCCACAAAAACAUUCCCCUUGGCCCUUUUUGGAGUACCCCUUUGCUCCACUGAGGGGCUACCUUUAGGCCUUUGUUGAGGUCCAUGGGGAAUGGGUUCGUUCUGGUGCUGUGGAGGCCCAGUUUCUCACAGAAGGUGGGGCUCCUUCUUCCUUAUGGUGUUUAAGCACAGGCUUCACAAUUUUGUUUUUUAAAAAAUUAUCUAGGAAACGAAUAGUUUUAAGUCUGUAACAAUGAGGGCACUGGGUAUUUGUGCUACCCCUUGAGGGUGCCAGGACCCUGGGCAGGGCAGAGCCCUUGGCCUUUCCUGAUGCCUUUGGGAUCAGUUUCUUUAAAGCACUUUGUACUUUUAUUCAGGAGAUUUGUAUUCUGCCCUGACCCACAUCAUCUUUUUCUGACCGUAACCCCCUCUUUCCUGCAGAAUCAGAGAGGGGCUAGAGAAGCAAUAAAAACAAAACAAAAACCACCACCACCAAAAAAAAAUUUACUAGCUUUGGCUUUGCUGGGCUGCCCAAGCAGGUGGCCCAGAGAGCCCGCAGGAAGGAAGGAUGUUUAAAUUGGGAACCGUGGUGCUAAAAAGGCCCAUGAGAAAGGACAUUUUACCCCUACAUCUUAAAGUCACAUAACUGACUCUUAGGGUCUAACAUGAUUGCUCUUUUUGAUUCUCUUGCCCUCAAGGCAUGCUUUGCUUUACUCACCAGAAAGCCAAAGAGCCACCACAGGGGCCAGGAGCAUGAGCCACAGUGGGAAGGCCGUGGAGCGUGUGGGCACUGCACUUGGAUGCCCAUCCGAGGACAGUGAGCAUGAGCUCUGCAUCCCAAGCAGCCCUGUGCAGGGGUGGCAUGUGCUUGGCCAUAUACCCACUGCCCCCCACCCCGUUCUCCUGGUUUUGUGUCCCGGCCGAGGGCGGUGGUUCUGCCUAGUGCUGAGCCUGGAUGCAGGGUGAUGUGAGCAGCCUGAGUCUCUUGAAAGGUUUCUUCAUUUCUUUCUUGUUGGGUCAUAUGGCCACAGAGCCGCCAAGCACCAGCUUUUGGGCAAGGGUGCAAGUUCCUCCUCAGGGCUUUCGUUCACUGCUUUCUGUUUGGCUUGGCCCUUAGGAGGCUGCUUAUCCAAAUUCUUUUCCAAAAGAAUGCUAUCAGGGAGGGAUCAGCCAGCCUAACAAAACAGCGUAGCCACUGGGUAGUAGCCACCUGGGAAGGAACACAGGUUAUCAGGUUCAUCUCUCCAGACUGCUGUCACUAUAGCUAAGUGGCCUGCUCGUGGCUGACCCGAUGGGCAAAUGCCAGGCCAAGGUUAGCAGACACCCACAAGGACCUGAAAUGACAUGAUGGGGCCGGAGAACUGUGACUAACCAGGCAUUUACACUUGUCACAGCCUUGAAAAUACAGACUUUCAGGCAAGGCACCCUGGUCAUCGGCUCAAACACUUCUUUCAGCCUUCACUGGAGUAACAAGAUGAAGACAAAUCCAUUUCUUUGGCCAGAUUCCGGCUUUGGCUUUGUGGCUUUCCCACAGACUGGAAUGCUCCUGCCGGAGGCCACUAGCCUAUUUCCUCCGCUGCCCUCCCGAAGCCUUCUAAUGCUCAAGGCCCAGCUCCCCACUGAGGUAUUUUGAUGCCUGUCCUUUGGCCUCCCCAGUCCUGCAGCCUCUCUUUACUGCUUUGACAUUUACAUCCUCAGCUGUCUGAGUGGUGACCUGUCUCUUCCUGAGAAAGCACAGUCGUCCUGGACUGAUGGAAACUAUCUCCUUGGUCUUAAGAAAAAUACUAACAUUGAAAUCACUGAAGUAACUUUAGCUUCUUUAGCCAGACUUUGUGGCAUUAGGGCUUGGAGAAUUUUCUUUUGAGUUCCUCAGGCCCAAGCAGAAAGCAGCUCUUGGUUUUGUGUACUUUUCAACUCUGAGUAGCCCAGGGAAAGUAAACAGAAAGCAUAAAUGAAGGUCAAACCUUGUCGGUUUCUGAGAAAACCGGAAACUUGCUGGUGACCCCAUGUAACCAGUACCGGGUGUUAUUCGAUUUCUUACCUGACUGACCUCUGCCUAAAGAAUGGCCCAGAACUUCUUUGUCACAUAACUCCAAUUCUUUGUUGGCUCAGCCUAGGUGAUGGAAACAAACACUAAUUUCUAAUAAAAUCGUGUUACGCUGCA